AUGGCACCUUUAUUGCCCCCCGAACUCCUGUAUAUGAUCCUGCAGAAAUGCCCCUGCCGGAGGUCUCAGAUCCAACAACUUCUGACAUUCUACAAUGAUACCUUCCACCCUCCUCCUGUCCUAGUCGCCUACGGCCUCGACCCCGAUCGCACAGGCAAGACCACAACUAUCAUCUCAGUCCUUGAAUCCCGAAACCUCCAAUACGGGGUUAUCAAGAGUCACGAGUGUUUGUCGCAGCGGCAUUUGCUCUCCAAGAUAUUCGCCGCUUGCAUCAGUGCCUUCCAUGGAGACGAUGACCACCAAUUAGAAGAUCAUGGAUUCGACAGGACAGACAGCAUCAACGCACUCUUAGAGAAUCUGCGCCGGCUUUUCGAGCACUCGGCAAAGAAGAAGAGAUUCGUGGCUGUGAUCGAGGAUGCGGAUGCAGUUGCGACCAAGGGGCAGGGCCCGGGUGGUGGACAGACACUGCUCCCUGCGCUGGCACGGUUGGGAGAUCUGGUGCCCGGCUUCUCCAUCAUCCUGACCUCCAGCUCGCCUCGACCGCUCACCCUACACAAAGCCGGCGUGCCAUGCGUGCACUUCCCGCCAUAUACGCGCGCCGAAGCGAUCUCAAUCAUCAUCUCUCAAACAACGCCGACAACAACAGCGCCUCCGCUGCUCUCGGACUCGGCAGCGCAUUCGAAGCUAUACGCCCAAUUCGUAAUGACGGUCUACGACAGCCUCAUCUCAUCGACCGCUUCAACGUCCAUAGAAACCUUUCGUCUGGCUUGUGAGAGGUUGUGGCCGCGGUUCAUCCACCCGAUAGUGUCUGGUCAAGAACCGCCGGGAAAUGCGAAAUCGUGGGACUUUGCGAGACUACUGGUGGCGAAUCGGGGUCUGUUUCGAUCAGAGGGCGAGGACGCAUUGCAGAACACGUUUCCAAGAAAGCCACAGCAAAAUGGCCUUGAAGACGAUAGUGUUAUACCAAGUGCGCCAGCAACGCCAUCAAAACGUGCCACUCCAGAAUCCAGCCACCCUGCAUCGUCGAGGCAACCAAGCUCAAAACCAUCGCUAUCAGAAUCAUCAACCAUGACUAGGAGGCCGUCCCUCCUCAAGCAUUUCCCAACACUUGUCCUUCUCUCGGCCUACCUUGCAAGCCAUACACUACCAAAGCAUGACAUCCUGCUCUUCUCCCGCUUAAGCGCGACGUCCAGCUCGACCAGCAAGAAAAUCCGCCGGCUGAGGCAGACUCCCACGAAGAAGAAAACGACAUCUACCUCGACAAAGGACGCCGCGACGCCCACAAAAUCGCGAACCAAGUCUCUGUUUGCCGCAGGGGCAAAUUUCGGCAUUCCGCGACCCUUCACGCUCGAGCGCCUAGUGGCCAUUCUUCGGGCAAUCCACCCGCAGGGCAUCCCCAACCGGCCAGGUCGUGGCGUGAGUGAUCGGAUAUACCGCGAGCUUGGAGAGCUGGAGAGACUGAGACUUGUUGUCCGGUGGUCUGGGUCCGGUACUGCCACCGGGGCUGGUGGCACGGGUGACGAUGCAGGAGAUGAGAAAUGGCGGGUCAAUGUAGGUAGAGAAUGGGUUGUAAAUAUGGGACGCAUGUGGGGGAUGGGCGUCAGUGAGUACGAGAUAGACCAUGACUUGUAG